AGUUGUGAUUUGUAAUUCUUGUCGUUGUGAUUGUGAUUGUUUCGAAUUUAAUUUCUAUUUUCUAUUAUAUUUAAUUCUAAAGUAAUUUAACAUGGCUGUACCAGAUUAUAAACUGAGUUCUGUUUUAUGUGGCCAUUCUAUGGAUGUAAGAUGUGUGGCCACAACUACAGAGUCUUGUAUAUUAUCAUCUUCUCGAGACAGAACUGCGAAACUUUGGCACCCGGAAGGAGUGAAAGACUUUGUCAAUGUGGUAACAUAUAAAGGCCAUAAAAACUUCGUGUCAUGUGUCUGUUGGUUACCGCCCUGCGAAGCGUUCCCUGAAGGCUUGGUGAUCACGGGAAGCAACGACAACACUAUACUGGGCUACAAUCUGCAGGACGGGAAAGUUCAAAUCCAUUUGACAGGACACGAGAAUGUUGUGUGUUCUGUAGCACCUAGCAAUGACUCUGGCAUACUUAUGAGUUCAAGCUGGGAUAACACUGCUAGAGUAUGGAAUGUGAACAAACCUCAAAUGACACCAACAGUGUUGAAAGGCCACCAAGCAGCUGUGUGGGCCAUCAUACAACUAGCAAAUGGCGCUUUCGCUACAGCAUCGGCAGACAAACACAUCAAUUUGUGGAGGAGAGACGGUGGAAAGAUCAAUUCACUUACAGGUCACACAGACUGCGUGCGAGGUUUAGCAGUGGCGAGUUCGAACACCUUCCUAAGUUGUGCAAAUGAUGUGACCGUGCGACUGUGGACCAACAACGGAGAAUGCCUCAACACAUUUCAUGGGCACACAAAUUACAUAUACAGUAUCUGCAUAAACCCGACCAUCCCACAAGGGUUUGUGACGAGCGGUGAGGACGGUGCAGUGAGGGUGUGGUCAGCAGGAGACUGCAUCAGAGAGCUGCGGCUGCCUGUCGAGUCUGUGUGGAGUGUGACUUGCUUAAACAAUGGGGACAUUGUCACUGGUUCCAGUGACGGUAUAGUACGCGUGUUCACCAAAGAACCAGACCGGUACGCGGAAGAAACUACCCUCAGUCAGUUUGAGGAUGAGGUGCAGAAAGUUGUAGCUGCCUCACAACAGGAGAUUGGGGGUUUCAAACUGUCUGAGAUACCCGGCCCAGAAGUGCUACUGGAGCCGGGCAAAUCAGACGGUCAGACCAAACUGGUGAGGCGAGGCACCAAUGUCAAGUGUUACUCCUGGAGCGUUGAACAGAACACGUGGAAUGAGAUUGGAGAUGUGAUGGGAGCCAGCCCGCCCAGUGAUGGGAAGACUAUGUAUCAGGGAAAGGAAUACGACUUCGUGUUCAGUGUGGAUAUCAAGGACGGUGCUCCGGCAUUAAAGCUGCCCUUCAACAGAAAUGAAGACCCAUGGGUCGUAGCACAAGCCUUCAUUCACAAACACGAUUUAUCUCAAGGAUAUUUGGAUGAAGUUGCUAAUUUUAUAAUAAAGAACGCCAAACUGGAUUCCUUGCCCGCUUCAAGCAAUGGUUUCGCAGACCCGUUCACAGGCGAGGCCCGGUACGUGCCCGGCAGCGGCCCGGUGGCCGGCCUGCCGCCGCCCAGCGCCGCCGACCCCUUCACCGGCGCCGGCGCCUACACCACGGCCGCCGCCGCUGCCACUGACAAACCGCUGGUGCCGCACGACUCUUACAUCAGAUUCGACCAAGCAAACCUGAAAGCAAUACACGAUAAGCUGAAGGAAUUCAACAGUAAAGUGGGAGACGGCUUUAACGCUUUCUCGGACCAGCAAAUAGAGAAUAUCGUCAAAUUAGGUGAAAUGAACUGUAUAUACAAUGCUGAAACAGUAACUUUACUGAAGAGAAUGUUGGAGUGGCCUAAAGAUAUAUUAUUCCCGGUUCUGGAUGUCACCAGACUAGCGGUUAGAAACGCAGAAAUCAAUGGUCAAAUAUUUGAUACCAAUCACGGACCUAACUUUGUUAGAUAUUUGCUGUCUUUACUCACACCUGAUAAUCUCCCAGCGAACCAGAUGCUCGCGAUGCGCGUGCUGGUGAACGCGUUCAGCGCGCUGGCCGGCGAGAUGCUGGUGCUGGCGGCGCGCGAGAGCGUGCUGCACGCGCUCGUCUCGCUAGCACAGCUUAACAACAACACGCAGAUCGCUGCGACAUCUCUCCUCCUGAACCUGUCGGUGGCGCUGGCGCAACAGACGGACAGCGUGGAGCUCGCGGAGUGUAUAGUGCACUUGUUGACUAGGAUCACCGACAGUGAAGCCUACUUUAGAGGAUUAGUAGCUCUAGGAACAAUAUUAGCGGAAUCUCCUAACAAAAUAGUUGUUCAAACGAAAAUAGUCUCCAACAUACAGCUUCAUAACAAACUGAAGCGAGACAGUUCCGACGUCGAUCCCAGCUUCAAGAAGAUAUGCGUCUGCUCCCAACAGAUAUUGAAAAUGUUAUGAAAUGGAAUUACGACCUUAACUAUAUGAAUAUAAGGCUGGUUUUUUUAAUGUAUUAACAAUAAUUAUUAUAACAUAAAUAAAGCUAUCUGCUCUAUGCA